UUGAAAUUGUCACAGGAGUUCAAAAUACUCAGGGAAGAUUUUAGAAGAAAAUUUAAAAAAAAAAAAAAAAAACCCCUAAGUUUGAAGGGAUGGUGCAAUCCUGACUUGAAGCUGUGUCAUUAGGAUUAGAUCUGUAAUUUAACAGCAGGACCUAAUUUUGCUUUUUCCCCGAUAUCAGCACAGUGCAAAGUAUGGCUUCCAUUUUACCUGCUUCUAAUAGAUCCAUGGGACGUGACAAGAAUGCAUAUGAGGGACAAAGGUCUGUAUAUGUUAAGAAUCCUCACCUGGAUGCUAUGGAUGAAGACAUUCUCUAUCACUUGGAUUUAGGAACCAAAACACACAACCUACCAGCAAUGUUUGGGGAUGUAAAGUUUGUCUGCGUGGGUGGGAGCCCCAACAGAAUGAAGGCGUUUGCACUGUUUAUGCACAAGGAACUCGGGCUGGAGGGAGAUGGAGAAGACAUUGAAGACAUCUGUGCGGGAACAGACCGAUAUUGCAUGUUCAAAACAGGCCCUGUACUCUCCAUCAGUCACGGGAUGGGCAUCCCCUCCAUUUCCAUUAUGCUCCACGAACUCAUCAAACUACUCCACCACGCACGCUGCUGUGACGUUACCAUCAUCAGGAUUGGAACAUCAGGGGGCAUUGGCAUUGCCCCAGGGUCUGUGGUAAUAACAGACACAGCUGUAGACUCCUUCUUCAAGCCUCGGUUUGAGCAGGUCAUCUUGGACAACGUGGUCACCCGAAGCACUGAACUUGACAAGGAACUGGCUAACGAUUUGUUCAACUGUAGCAGAGAAAUCCCCAAUUUUCCAACCCUUAUCGGACACACGAUGUGUACCUAUGAUUUUUAUGAAGGCCAAGGUCGCCUCGAUGGAGCGUUGUGUUCCUUUUCAAGAGAAAAAAAGCUAGACUACUUGAAGAGAGCGUACAAAGCUGGAGUCAGGAACAUCGAAAUGGAAUCGACGGUGUUCGCAGCCAUGUGUGGACUCUGUGGUCUGAAAGGAGCACCAGAAUCCUCCAUAAGGAAAAAAGAAAAUACAAAUCAAAGUGGAAGAUAUGAAGUAAAAAACCCCAUGGAAUUCAAAUGAGAAGAAACAGAAUGGACUAAUACUUGUGAUCUGACUUCAGGCUUGUUUUGUGUAUAUAUGCACACAUCUGUGGAUGUACACGCAUGCCCGUGAAUGUAUAUUCAAACAAUGCUCAUAGAAAAGGCCUAGAAUAGGUCAAUCCAGUAGCAAUAUGGAACCAAAGGAUCCAAACUGAGGUAGUGACAUACAGUUUCCCACCAGUGGGAACCUGAGCUUCUUAGAGAAAAUUCUGAAGAGAAAGUGUAAAGGAGCCUGGCCCAUUCUGUUAUGCCUGAUGACAAAUGUGACAGACUUGGAGAGAUGGAGAUGAAAUAUCUUCUGAUUCACAUAACUCUUCUACAAUGGAGGUCAGCCAUUGCCACACAUCAUGGAUAAGGGAUCCUUUUGCAUCUGGGAGGGUGCUAUGACUGCUUUGAGGAGCGUGGAGACAGACAUGAGGCCAGUUCCAGCACUUCACAGGAUUCUGAACUUUCACAUGCUUGCUUCUGUUUCUUCUCAGAACCCAGCUCUUAUGGAGAGCACAUGAAUCCGGUCCAGCGUCUGGCUUGGAUGAGCUCCUAGCCAACAGAUGGCAUCUUCUGCCAGCGAUGCUAGUGAGUCUUCCUGACCAUCUAGCCAAGCUGAGCUUUGAGAUGACUAUAGCUUCAACUAGCAACUGACUGCGCUGCAUCAGGCAGGAAGAAAAUGACUCCCAAGAUCCCGUCUCCUAAACCCAGAAUCUGACUAAGUAAUAAGCAAAUGACAUCAAGAUUACCAGUCAUCUGACCUUAAAGGAGAUCAUCCUCUCUAGCGUGAGUCAUUGUUAGAGCCUUUACUAAUGGAAGAGAAAGAGGCAGAAGGAGAGUGUAAAAUGAUGGAAUGUGGACAAAACUACAUCUGUCACCUCUGGUUUGAGACAAAUGAGCCAAAGAUGACGAACAGGCUCUAGAAGCUCAAAAAGACAGAUUCUGCUCUGAGCUUGCUCUCGAGCAUUGCCCUGUUCUCAGCUUGAUGUUAGAUUACAGAUCCAAUUCUGAUGUCAGAUAUCCAAAUUAUGACUACGAUGUAUUGCGUGAAUCUUUAUGGUAAUUUGCAUUACUAAUUUUAUGGUAAUUUGCUGAAGAGUGAUAAGGAAUUGAUGCAGACUUUGGAGUCUGUAACAAAUCAAACCACAGGGUGAUGAACGAUAAAAACCAACUAGUUUUGAGCACGGGAUUUUGGACAGAGCAGUAGAAACUGGAACAGCAUGGAGUUUUGAAUCUAUGAGAUGGUUUAAUCAGAACUACUGAGCCACUGGGCAAGAAGGGGAAAAUUGGAACAUGAAAAAGAAUGACUCUUUGAUUGGAUUCUGAGACCAAACAUAUUAAAAUCCAUGACCAUGAAGCUAUAAAACAACCAAUCAUCUUUGGAGGCUGUCAGAAAACCAACUCAUUAUAUUUUUUUAAAAAAAUUGUUAAGGAGCAAACAAACAGUUUGGAUUCUUCUCUUAUACCACCAAAUACAAGGAGAAGAAGAAACUUUUCUUUGUCUAAGGUUCUUAGCAAUGAAGGAAGAAGACUUAGUUAUAUUGGAGGAUAUGUCCCAGCAUGCCUUCGGUUGUUGUGACCGAAACCAAUUUGGGACAGAGAGGGUUUGUUUCAUCUUACAGGUCACAGUCCGUCAUCUAGGAGCUCAAGGUUUCUGUCUGAAGCAGAAACCACGGAGGAAUGCUGCUUAUUGGCUUGCUCCCCCUAGCCUUCUCGGUGACUUUUCUCUCACAUUAUCCACGGUGGGCGGGGAUCAACUAUCAGUCAAUAAAAUGCCCCAUAGACAUUCCUCCAGGACAA